AUGCUGCAGACGUGCGCUCUGUUGCUGACUGUUGCUCUAGCCGCCGCAUUUGAUUCGUCUGAGCUGCGAAUGCUCGAAGAUGAAUAUGCGAUGGACAAGCGAGCUGAGCCUAUGCAGCCCCGCGAGGAGCGCUCUUUCGAGAUUGGACGCGCGCCUGAGGCACACCCACUGAUCCGCUUUGGUAAACGAUCGCCUGACAAUGCACCUUUCAUUCGAUUUGGCAGAAAUCCGGAAGCGUCGCCGUUGAUUCGUUUCGGAAAGCGAUCACCUGCUGCUCCUCUUAUUAGGUCAGUUCGGACGUUCUCCCAACGCUUCACCACUCAUUCGAUUUGGCAAGAAGUAGACGCUCAGAGCCAAUGA